GCCCAAAAACGAAACGAAGAAAAACGAGAGCAAGGUUGAAAAAAUUGAGAUGGAAGAUCUUGGUCUGGAGAAAGUUGAUGAAAUCUUCAAACAGUUUCAAGGUACGUUUAAUGUGUUCUACAUCUGCCAGACUGAUAUGCAAUCCGCAGUGGAGAAAUUUAAAACAGCAGUCAAGACAACAGGGGAGUUUCGUGUGUGUCUGGAGGAAUUCAAGCAGCAAUUAAAAGGCCAACGUGUUGUUAUUAAGAAGCUGGCUCUAAGAUUUCCAAAGGCAGUCCAGAAGGGGGACGAAUCUGUUAAAGACGCGGCAAAUGCAUUGGUUAGUAUCUUCAAGGCGUACAACGAUUUGGAGAAACUACCGGUUAAAGUAACCAGGAAGAUCAUUGAUUGUUCAAAAGAUGUCAUGGAAUUGAAUAUGAGCGAGAUAACGGGUCAAGAAGUCGGAGGGAGUGUAAUUGAUUUGUGCAAGAUACCGAAACAAAUAACAACCGUCCGCAAGAAUAUGAAAGAAAUGAAAAAAGCACCGAAAAUUGUAAAUUCUUUCUUCGAGUACGCUACUAGCAUUGUGAUGGAUGUGAUCGAGGUGCUUGGUGAUGAGAAGAACAAGGAGGAAUUGACGCAGCGGAAGGAAACAGCGGACAAGAACACGGAGAAAAUGGAUGAUGAAAUGAAGAACGUGCUAGACCCAGAACCGCCAAAGGAAAUCAAGUUCACGUCACUUGGAAUCCCUACAAUAGAUCGAAUUUUCAACGAUAUUGCCGACGUGGUAAACCCGGUGAUAAGAUUAAGCAAAGAUGCAUUCGACGCUAGAAAACGUCUGGAGCAAGCAAUAAAAGCUGUCAGUGAAUUUCACGAUGAUCCCUCAAAAGCGUUCGAUGAUUAUUUGGAAGAACUCAAAAAACGUCUCAAGAAAGGUGGGUGUGUUCCCAGGUUUGGGUUGGGACAAAGGCCAUGUUACACGUGGCAAUUUUUACUGCAUGCAGCUUGCAACGCAAUUUUGACAUAAGGCUAUUAAUAUAUUGAUGUUAUUUAAAAAGGUGUCGUAGGGAUCCUUUUCCCUGUGACUACUUUUUGAAUAACAUGGUUUUAGAAUGAGUCAAUGGAUCAAUUUAAUUUUAAUAGUUUAGUUUAUGAGCGAAAGCCAUUGACGCGUAAUCCAUUGACGAAAUAGUAAACGUUGGAGAUGUAGAAAGUUCAUUAGUUAUUUGUAAAUGGAAGUUUCGAGUGGAAUUUUCAUACAUUUAUUCGAUCUAACCAGGAACACUAUAUGUUCAGGUUAGGCUUGGAUCGGGAUUAGGAUUAUUUACACAAAGUUCAGAUUAGGGCGAGGUUUAUUUUCAGGAUAAGGGUCGGGAUCAUAUGGUUCAGUGUUGGUAUAUAGAGAAUCGCUUUAUUUAUCAUGCGUUAAUUAACAUGUAAAUCCAUUUACAAAGGUAAUGUUCAUAUCAAGAUCUCAGUCAAUGGAAAUCGCAUUGAAAUUGAAAAAAUUGAAGGUUUUGAACCGAAGGCGAUGCAAGACAUGGAGUCUGGUUUCAAGGGAGUUAUCAAGAGUGGUGAUGAGUUGAUCGACCUUGCCCCGGACUCCAUCAAGAAGUUGAUUGGCUUUAUUCAAGAUAUCUCUAACAUCUCCAAGACGGAUAUCAACAAUCAUGUCUCACUCAGGGAAGUGCCGUCCAAAUUUUCGGCGUUGAAUGAAAACAGAAAAAAAGCGAGGCCGAUUCCUGACGACUUGAAGUUCUUCUUGUGUUUCGUUCGAAAUUUGAUCAUGGAUAUUCUUGAGGUAUUACACACGCAGAAAGAAGAUGGAGCUCAAGGUUCCGAGGAAGGGAGCGAUAAUCAGGCUCCAGCCACAGAAUAACUUCAUUAUAUAUAAUCUCUUGCAUAGACAAUGUUUUGUCGUCAAUUAGUUUAGCUAAUUAAGUAAAUGAACAUUGAAUUUACGAAGAAUUGGGAUAAAAUCUAAAAUUAUUGUUGUCUUCGGCAACAAAAAUUUGGUUUGCCUAAUUUGAAACAUUGGAAUGAUUUGGAAAUUAACAUUCGGCAGUCGACGUCAAGUAGUUUAAUUGACUUCAAAGAAAUGUUUAAUUGAUUAACUUUUAUUGCAUACUUUUACUUUCAUUUUUCUGUAAGAGGUAAUCUCUUCUGUUUAAUAAUAUUAGGCAUUUUAUGCAUGUACAUCAUAUAUAUGCAGAACCUCCCUGAAAAUUAUUGUGAGCGGAGCAUUUCCUGUAAAAAUAUUAUCACCCUGAAAAAGGUUAAUUGGGUCGUAGGCAGGGCUGGUCGUAGGCAAGCAACGGGGGCGCGGGGGUCGAUUAUGUUGUGUGUUAUACGCUAUAUCUUGCUUUUUUCCAAUAUUUUUGCCCGAAAAUAGAAAUCAAACCUAACACUGUUAUUUGAGAGACCUAUAACUUUAUAAUACCGGUUGAGUGCAAGGUUUGAACAGAAUACUGAAAAUGUGACAAAUGUCUCUAGACGCGAAGGUCCUUCGUCAGAUCAGUUAUCAGGAGUUUAUAGAGUUAAAUAAUAACCCUUUUGCUUAAAGAUGCGGUAUACAGUCCGUACGUAAACAAAGGCUUUGUUUACAUUUCGGUAUCCAAAAUACAGAAUUUUAUUCAACAACUAUUUAUAUUUUCAUGAUUCUAGAGUAUAAUAAAUUAUCAGGACACAACAAUCAAGCUUUGCAGGAACAUAAAAUGAAAUAAAAACCUAAAUAAACUGUUUGUAUAAUAAAAAGAGGGCUCCUUUGUGCACAUGCGCAGAUCGGACUGUACCGCAUCUUUAAUCAAAAAUCAAAAUGACAAAACAAAACAAACAAAUAUAGGCCUAGCUUGUAAGUUGUAUAGCCAUGCAUAAAUAAUAUUUCAACGCACGUGUGCUUUAAUCCUCUAUGUUUUUACGACUGUAAACUGACACUCAUGCAGUUGGGAAAUUUUGUGCCCGAUCUUGGGCAGUUAGAGCACUUGAAAAUUUAGUACAAGUAAAAAUUCUACGGGUCGUACGGCUCUCUAUCCGCGUUUUCGCUUGCCCCGAGAUCUAUUAUACUGUGGGUCGGCUAUAUAUAUUGCAGAUUCUUCGUUCUCCCAAAACAUUGCUUCUGGAGCAUUUGCGGAC